GUUUACAAACAAAAAGAAGAAAAAGGAAUAUGCUAACUCGUAUUAAAAAUGAAAUUCCUGAUUUCAUUAUUGAGUAUCUAGUUUACUGUGACAUUUUUGUGGAUUAUAGUAGACAAAAAACAUGCUUGGUUCUUACCAAAAAUUUAAAGUUUUUCGAAUACAAGCAAAAGCAAUUGGUAGCAAGUAUUGACCUAGACCACACGUGCCUUCACAAGGUAUUAAAUAAAUUAAAAAAUUACACGGGUCCUAAAUGUAAACGUUUGAAAGGCAGUGCGAGUGAUGAACCUACUUCAAGUACGCAAACACCUUCUUAUUCACUCAUGGAUGGAAUAAGUUUCGGUAAAUAUGCUUAUAAUCUGAUCAGUAUCCAAAAAAUUUAUCUGUUAAUCCAAUGCUGGGAUAAAUUAUUGAUACUUCAACGCUUCAAUAAUUAUUUAAAGGAUUUUCAACUAAUAGAUGAAUAUGAAGGAGUGCUUUCGUUUAGAUUAGUUCACGGUCCCAUAAAAUAUUGUCCUGUAUUGGAAAUAAAGUUUGAAAAUGGACGACUCUUGAAAACUGAUUUUCAAGAAUCUGUCAAAAGGAAUACUGAAAAUGAGUUUGUCGAACAACAUUUGAAUGAUUCCGAGUUUAAACAACUUAUGGACAAUAUACGUAGUGCCAAAACUGAAUUGCAACUUCAUCAGUCCAUUACGGGGCGUACAUUUCGACAAUUGCACAAUAAGUUGACGUUUGGAGUGCCUUACAUACGCAGUCUAAAACUGGAAGAAAAACAAUUACUGAGCCGUUGCGGUGACAUAUGGAAACGAUUCACUUUGCACGAUCAUUUGGUGAUAGGAGUACCAGUGGUAAAUCAAUCCUCGCCUCCUAAUUUAACAAUUUUAAGAAAUCUUCAGCCCUUAAUACAAUUCGAACCAUCGGAAAGUUGUAUAUUACAUUGUGAAUAUCGUUUAUACCAACUGAAACGCACUUUUGAAGAAUUAGAUUCAAUCGAAGCUUUCCUAGAAACUGAAGACGUACAAUUGCAGGCUAACGUGUGGUUGCCUGAGCAACACUUGCAGCUACUACCAGAUUCAUUUGCAAUAUUAUUGAUAAAAUUUCAAUUAUCCGAUAUUAUUAAUUUAAACCGAUGUCCUUUAAUAUUGACGUACGAAAUCGUAAAAGAUUUCCCUUUAACUCCUCACGAGGAUAACAGUAAGGAAACGUACCCUCUUCAACUUGUGUUAGACACUCUGGAUUUUUAUCGCAUAUUGAACGAACAGCGCCAAAAGUAUGAGAUAUCAUUUAAUAGGAAAACAUUAAAUCAAGACUUUCUAGCUAUUGCCAUGACUUCAAUGGAGACGGUGCUAACAUUUACAUUUUGCAACCAAUAUGAUUUAGACACUUUCUCCCGCCUAAUUAAAGAAAAAUAUGAUUUUGACAGUUGCCCAAACGACAGAAGAGAGCAUGAAAUGAAAACGGACCACGAUGAAGAAGAACCUGAGGCCAAAACAAGUUUAUCUACUGCUUCCAUUUUUUAUAAUCGCAAGCCACAAUCUCUUUGGUUUGGUUGUUUAGUUCUUUAUCAUUGUAGUCCCACAAGAAUGGACAAAAGUAAUCAUCUAGAGACAGUUUGGAAAUUCUAUCAUAUUCAUGUGGAAAAGGCGGUAAUGUUUUUGAAGUUACUCUUUACUGAUUUGGUAAACGGCAAUUGCAAUAUCCUGAAAGUGGAAAGAUCACCAGAACAAGUUCCAAAAAAUUCGUUAAUGGAAUUUGAAAACGCUUUGCGUCUAGAGUUAGAUGCCCUUCGCAACUUCUUAUCUGCAAAGGCGGAAGAGUUCUCAAACACACAAUUACAAUUGUCAAAGAAUUUUUUCAAAUUACAACUACAUACAGAUUUAGUUCUGCAGAAUGUGAAUGCCGAGGGUGAAAGUUUAAAUUAA